AUGUUCGAGUCUCCGAUAGUCUCAUAUAGUAAGCGCUCUAAACAGCAGCGAGCGCUCAAGUACAAGUACGUUAGCUGUGUGAGAAGAAAGUACGAGCAGCUGAAUGGCCUCUCCGAUUCAGAUAAGCAAGCGCAUAUUGAUUCCGCAUGUUUCCCCACGCCCGAUAACAGCGCUGCAGAGGCUAGUGAUGGGGAUGCGCUGGAAGGGGACGUCGAUACCGCAGCUAGGCGACUUAAGCGGAAAAGACUGAGAUUGCAGAGCAUAUUGGGGCACGCUACUCUGGACGCAGAGGAGGGCGAUCUCGGCAGUGAGGAAGAAGAUGAUUUGAAUGGUGGCUCCACUGCAAAAGACUACGAGAAGCAGUUUUUUGCAAGAUACUACAAGCCGGAAUAUACCUACGAGCUUUGGGCGACCUCGCCCAAAAACAGGGUACCCAUAAGGCGGAAAAUGCUAAGCUACCAGGCAUUUAAGCAGAUAGAAAAUUACUCGAACCAGCGCAUGAAAGCUACGCUCUCCUUAUCCACCAAGAAAGCAGCAGCUUACCAUGAGGUGAUGCGCUUAGGCUAUGAAACGUGCCCGAAAGAGGAGGUUACUAAUUACCAAAAGCUGCACCUGAACCACCUUGUGGGUCUACUAUACUCAAAUAUCAUUAGUGAAAACUGGGGGACGGCUUACAGGUGUUUUGCUCUUCUGAUCCGUAUGAAAUCUGUGGAUUUGCGCUCUAUAUGGAACCUCGGAUCACAUAUUCUGAGCCAUCUAAACUUCGACAUGCAUGAGAAGUUUUUAGAAUGGAUGGGAACAGUCUUUACUUCACAUUCUGUCUUUAGUCAGAACAAGGUAAACUUAAUUGAUCCUGUUUUUAGGUCAGGGUCUCGUGCACAUACACCUAACUUUAUGUUGGCAUGGCUGUGGCUCGUCCUGAGAGGAGCCACCGCCGAUGAGGUGCUUGAUUCCACCAGAUCGAUGGCAUGGCUACUGGAAAAAGUAUCUGAGCUUGUUCUAAGGCCGCCUUACAUGGACGAUGCAGAAAUUUGGUUUUUAUAUGCAAUGUGUUACUUUAUCCAAGCAGAUAAAUUGUCUGCCCAAUUGGCAUCCCACGAGGGCAUCAAAUUGCAUGGUUCAAAGCUUGAUAUAGCAAAGACCCAAGUGACCCAAUAUAUUUGCAGUGUCAAGAACUGUUUGGAAUCAUGUAGGGAGAAGGGUAAUUUUACUUAUCCGGAACGUAUUAUUCAAGAGCAACUGCUGGAGUUUGAAAGGCGGUUAUACGCUGGUACACAUAAAGAGCAGACGGAUGGUAAUUCAUUUGAUACCUAUGAAAGUGACACUGGAGAGCAGAACGAUAAUCCUACGAUGGUCUCAGAGACUGAUUUCCAUGAUCCAAAUUUCCGGAACUUCAAACCAGAUGUGGCCGAAGAUGACGAUACUGCCUUUGGAGAAUUGCCUACGCGAUUUGAGGUGGAUUCGGAUUAUGAUAGCAGUGAAUAA